AUGAGCGCCGAUGACGAAGAUUCACAGCCAUACUUCACCCGUGGCCGCCUCAGUCGUGGCCGCGGCCUCAGAAACAGUACCGGCUGUGCAACAUGUCGCCGCCGUCAUGUCAAGUGCGACGAGAGAAAACCUGUAUGCGGUGGAUGUGAGAGAACCAGACACAAUUGCCUUUACACACCAAGGCGGCCACCAAACAGAAAACGGUCUGGUCCUGUCGUAUCAGUCACCCCGAACAGCGACGCUCCGAAGCCCACGACUCCUCGAGAGCCUCAAUCGCCUCGGUCUCCCAGUCCACCAAACUCCGAGUAUCAGCCCGUCGUCUGUGAUGACGAGCCAGCUCCUCUGCCGGCAGUAACGCUUGGAGAACCACACACAUCAAGCAUAGCAAGCGCUACCACAAUAGCACCGUCCAAUGACGAAGGCAUAGAUAGGUCUAAUCACGCCAGUACCGGUGAUAGACCAGCUUUCGAGCAAGACUCUCCAGAGCAAGUCGACGCGUUAUGCACAGGCAUCACACCACGAGGCACAGCACGCACGUCCAGCUCGUUCGGGGCAAACCUAGAGAACGCCACGGCCAUUUGGGUCGACCUGCUUCUCCAAGAUGCGGCCAUGCAAGAAAUCGAUUUCACCAACGUCAAUUUCGAAGAAGGCGUGGAUCUCUUUGCAAGUUCGGUCGUGCAAUCACCUGCUGUGGGGCGGGGUUUACCAAACACCAGUGGAGAAGGCCUCAGUCCUACGCCAUGCGCGUCACAUCCCUACUUGCAUGAGAGAUCUCCGACGCUCGAUGAAUACCAAUGCCUCGAGAAACAGGCUUGGCGAUCGGCUACGCCUCUACCAAUACAAGCGCAGGAACAUGUUGUUUUCCAAAAUUUUGUGCAACACAUUAGUAGAUGGAUGCAUAAUGUAGGGCUGCUCAAUGCAGUUCUCGCUCUGUCUGCACGUCACCUCUCUUUGAGUACACACUCGGAAGACACACAAACCAGAGACCCCAACGAUGCACUACGAUAUUAUUACAAGACACUACACUAUAUCCAAGAGGCGAUGCAAUACGACACAUACAAAACGAGCCUCGAACUCCUCGCGACCAGCAUCACUGUAUCAGCAUACGAGAUGCUCGACGGCUCAAGGCAAGAUUGGGAAAGACAUCUGAAAGGAGUCUUCUGGAUCCAACGCUCACAAGUCAUACAUGGCGAUUCCAUGGGCUUGAAGCAAGCUGUCUGGUGGGCAUGGAUAUGCCAGGAUGUCUGGGCUGCCUUUCGCGAGAGGCGCCGUCCUUUUACAUUCUGGCGGCCACUCAAGAAAUUGGACGAUCUAGGCCCGUCCGAGCUGGCUGCACGGUCAGUCUACUUCUUCGCUCAGGUGAUCGCGUUCUGCUCGUAUGAAGAGACCGAAGCGGGGAAGAAUGACCCUCACGCGAGGAUCGCGGCGGCUGAUGCCCUGAGAGAAAUGUUGGAAAACUGGAGGCGGCACCUGACGGCCGAGUUCCAACCACUCCCCUACCCGAGUUCUCCUGAUGACAUCUUCGAGCCAAUCUGGAUCAACCCUCCCGCAUUUGCGGUAGCUUUUCAAAUCUACUACUGCUCCCACAUCCUGCUCCUAAUGAAUGUACCCGUUCUAGGUGGACUUGAACAGUACACACAGCAGAGGAAGCGUCUGAUGGAAUGCGUCAAGAAAGUUUGUGGUAUCGGCAUGACACUGUCAGACUAUCCAUCGAGUGUUUUGUGCUCUCAGUGUCUAUUUAUCGCCGGCAUACCCCUCGAGAAUAGUAGAGAACGGAAAUGCGUUCUAAAUCUGCUACAAGCCUGCCACGCUCGAUCAGGCUGGCCUGUGAAGCCACUUGGGGAGGAGUUGAAGCUUCGAUGGGAAGCUUCCGACGCCUAA